GUGUGCCCUUUUCGUAUUUCCUCUUUAUUUUUUCUUCCGAAAAGUUCAUUUCUUUCUUAUGUAUAGAUGAAGUUCAAUAUUGUUUUGGUCUAUGUUCUUGAAUGCAGUAGAGAUUUGGAGGGUUUCUAUUGCUAUUUGUAUUAUGAACAGUUUUCCCAAGUUAGGCUAUAGCCUAUAGUGGAAAGAAUGGUUAGGUAGUUGGUUUAACAGGCUUUUGGCAGCAGUCAACUCCAGAGAAUUUCUUGGAUUACUAACCAUCAGAUGUUAUUAAUAUAGUGUUUGUGGUACAUUGCUGAUGAAUGAAGUUGUAAUUGGGAAGGUUUAAUCUUUCCUCCUUUCCCUUUGUGUUUACGCAAUUUUCGAGUAAGCUUCCUAUUGUUUCUUCAUUGAAAUUAAGGAUAGAGACAGAGAUUCUUUUGCCCUUUGGAUGUUAAAGAAUCAUCAUACUUUUUGUUCAGUACAAGAGAUAGGCCCUAAAGAAAGACUUGUGCACAAAAACUCAGAAGUAUUCGCUCCAGUGCAGAUGAAAAACAGAAUUUUGAAGGGGUGACACACAGAAGAAUAUCUGUGCAAAUUGUAGGCUAAAGACAUAUUUAUAAUCAGGACUGUUAGCUGUUCUCUGCACAAGUAUCAGUCGUCUGAAAUAAGACAUUUGUAGUGAGUAUUGUCCCAAUGAGCUCUAUCUCAUCAUCCUUGUCUUUUCUCACACUUACAUCACCUCUUUAUAUAUCAAGACAAUGUCUUAGUGUACAGCCAGCUCGUAGUUGCUACCAACGAUAUGCUUUCAAUAGUCAUGGUAACGUUACCCUUUCAAUCCAUGUCCAAUCAGCAUCCCCUCAUCCGUCUAGUAAUUUGCAAUCCUGUUGUAGUGCUAUUGCUUCAUCAAAUGAUGGAACAACAUCUAUGAUUAAUUUUGAAGAUGUCAUGGAAAAAGAUUGGUCAUUUCUUGAGUAUCCAGAUUCCAGUGAAGAGCAUAAGCAAAAAAUUGAUGAGAUCAUAUUAGCAGGAGAGAUCACGGAGACUUCUAAGGUUCUGAUUGCAAUUAGUUCUGAUGAAUUUGUUGAUAGAGUAGUUGAUUCAUCGAACUGCAAGCAACUACUUGUCGUUCAUGACUCUCUUUUCAUGUUGGCAUGCAUCAAGGAAAAAUAUGACAAGGUUAAGUGUUGGCAAGGGGAAUUGAUAUACAUCCCAGAGAAAUGGACACCUUUUGAUGUUGUUUUUCUCUACUUCCUUCCUGCAUUGCCCUUUGAACUUGGUCAAAUUCUGGAAGCACUAAAAAAACGUUGUUUGCCAGGUGCAAGAGUUGUGAUUAGUCAUCCACAAGGAAGGCAAGUGGUUGAAGAGCAACAGAAACAAUACCCUCAUGUGGUUGUCUCUAACUUGCCAGAGAAGAUGCUGCUGCAAAAUGUUGCUGCAGACCAUUCAUUUGAAGUAGUCAAAUUUGUAGAUGAACCUGGUUUCUAUCUUGCUAUUCUGAAAUUCAUGGCAGAGAGCAUGAACGAAUAGCUUCCUCUCUUAAAACUUCAGAUCGUCCCAAUUUGUGUGGGCUGAUUUAGUGAUUGGGUUGCAAUUUUAUUUGUAUUUAUAUUUUUGGACUUGUCUAGUAAGUAGUAAGUAUUGAGCUAAUUAGUAUUAGUAUAAUUAGCAAGGCCCAACUUUUUUUUGCAGAGUUUUUGGAAUAAUCAGAUAUUUUGAUAAAUAGAUCAAGAGCUUUCUCUAUUCAAAUAGUCUUUGGCUUGUGGUAUCUAAUAUCAUCUAUUCAUAUGUUGUGGAGAUCGCAUCUUGCAGUUGUUACUGUUGUUUGUAUAUAUGUUCCAUACUGCUUUGUUUUGUACUAGCUGUAUUAUUAUAAUUCUUGCUUUUGAUAUCCAACAUCAUCAGUUUAUUGUGUUCCGA